AUGAUUACACCAAAAGAUUUCUCCAAGAGCGAGGAUCAAGAUGGAUUAGAAAACACUAUACAAAAAGUUCAAGAAAAUUCACUAUUUUUAGAAGAUGGCCCAGAAAACGUCCCAGAAACAGUAAAAGGUCAAGACGAAAGAACUAAAAUCCAAUUGUGCUGGGAUAAUGUAAGCUACGUCAUCGAAAGUAAAGGUGAACAAACCCAGAUCCUAAAAUCAAUUUCAGGCAAGGCCAACCCUGGGGAGCUUCUAGUUUUGAUGGGGUCAUCAGGGGCUGGAAAAACAACGCUUCUCAACAUCUUGGCUGGAAGACUUAAAAGCUCAGGCAACGAAAAAUUAUAG